AUGUCGAACGGCGUCCCAGUACCGAUAGUCUGUAUGACUAAUGAAGAAAAGAUGGACGGUAAGAAGGAAAAUAUCGACACAAAUGGCAACAUUCAAAAUGCUAAAAAUAUCAGCAAAAGACAAAACAAUUAUGUGAAAGGACGUUCCCGCAUUACAGAUGAGGAACGUCGUAUUAUGUGGGAAAUGGAACAAGCGAAAAAGCCCAUCCUUGAAAAGGGAGUAAAGGGUAAGGUCAAAUGGUACAGUGUCCGUUAUCAUUACGGGUUUAUCGCACGUGAUGACAACAAAGGAAACGAUGUUUUCGUACAUCAGACAGCUAUUGCAAAAUCCCGAAUCAUAAAGUAUUAUUUGCGCACUCUCGGAGAUGGUGAAGAAGUUCUUUUUGAUAUUGUUCAAGGAAAGCAGGGACCCGAAGCUGCCAAUGUUACCGGACCAAAUAGUACUGAGGUUCGUGGUAGCAAAUACCACAACUUUCAGUUUUACACUUUCCGUCGCCGCAUGGCAUAUAAUCGUGAACGAGUAGCUCAUAAGGAAAGUGAGAAAUAUCGACGUAAUAAUCAGGGCCGUAAACCAAAUGAGAAAUUAGAAACUGACAAUGCAGACAUAAAAAAGCCAAAUACUGAACAUCGGCGACGUUUUCGUCAUUUUAGAGCUCAACGUCAACCAACUGCUGCAAAGAAAUUGGCUAAUGGUGGUGAAGAUGGUGGUGGUGAUUCGAAGAAGGAAAACGAUCAGAAUGAUGUAGGUAAUAAUACUUGUGGUGAAGGUCGUGGAGAUGGUCGUCGGUUAACACGCAAAGGUAAAAGUCAGAUAAAUGAAGCUUUAGAUGGUACAACACGUCGUCGCUCAACGGCUACCACGGAUGCAAGUCAAUCUGAGGCAGAAGUUAUGGAAAAAGAAAUGAAGAAUACCUCUAAUGCUGUUGUAGGAGGUCAAUUCUUGUUACGUGUACGGCUUAGCUUUUCGAUUGCUGCAUUUGCUGACUGA